AUGAAGCUUGCAGAUGGACUCUGGACAAUAGGAUUGCUGCUGGUGUUGGCAAUUGCCCCUGCCGACGGUGGUUUCCUAGAUUUCUUUUUCGGCCGCGAAGAGGCUGAAAUCGAACCAAUUCAAGGGGCCGGUCUCUUCCUUGACAAUACUGAGUUCGAACUGGGUAAACGAGGAUUUGACUGUCUUCAAGCCAUGGCAGGUGUCGAUGAUGGAGGCAACGAUUGGGGACAAUUGCUGAUUCGCCCUAUUGCGCGGGUGAUGCUGAAUGCAUACGGCGAGGCCGGCAUCAAUCAGCUCUGUCGAUCUCCCUUGUUGGCUCGCAUGCAACGUCAGAACGCAAAUCGUGAGCUCCGUCGAAAACGGAGGAGGGAGCUUGCAUCAAGUUUGGAUAACGGAAGUCUUCGUUCUCGUUCAAGCUUUGGCCAUCCCAUUACGAAGAAUGGAAAUGACACCACAAUCAAUUCUAGUCGACGACGAGACCAACAAGAAUCAGAGGAGACUCGGUCCUGCGGCAUGAGAAGCGCUCCCUACCCAGGAGGGGAGCGGGAUGCCGAUGAAACCUACGAUGAAUUCGCCACGAGCCACUUGGAUGACUAUCUCAAUAGUCGAAACGAGCGAACCGAUCCGGUCAAGACGUUUGACCUUCACAAUGAUUUGAACGUAGUUCGAAUGGCAGGAACUCUUCUGAGCCAGUGUUCUCUCAUUUGGAGUGGCGUCAAUCAGUUACUGGCCGUUCCGGAUGUUCCCAUAGUGAACCAGGCAGCCAUUUCCGAGGCUAUUCAAAAGUUUGUAUGCGACUUGCCAAACACGUACAACAGGGUCGUGCAACUUAGACUCCAGCGCGAUCAAGAGCUUCUUGCUUGGCACAACAAACUUGUUGAGUCGGCUGAGGUCAAAGCAAUGUAUGAAAACACGAACACAUUAGCCUCCGAGUUGUGUGUUCGGGAAGAAACAUUGAAAACUGUUCUAUCGGAUAUUGAAGCCCUCAAAGAUACUGUCAACAGGAUGUAG